AUGGCUGCACAUGGCAAUGUCGCCGACACAAUCAAGCAGCUCAAUGCUGCUCGGAAUCUUGCUCUCGCCGAUCCCGCUCUCUACCCUCAAGUCGUUCCUGGCCUGCUUAGAAUCGUGGGUGCCGACGCCAUACUCGAGCUGAGAAGAUGGGGUGCCGACUUCUUCGCCGAAACCUUUGCAUCUCCCGUCCUUGCCCAGGAACAUAAGCAGACUCUGGCUCUACAAGUCCUAGACACACUCAAAGCCUUCCUCGAACGACCAAACGAAGAUACUGCCGUCAUCAAGAGCGUCGUCCAAACCGCUGCGAGCAUCUACCCUUUUGUCUUCCGCCAGAUCGUAACGAAUCCACAAGAUGCCUCUCCCUGGCAGAAGAUGGCCGCCGUCAAGUCGAGCAUCCUGCGUAGAAUGCACAACGCUCCUCCUGGUAUCCACAUCUGCUCGGUCAAAUUCAUCCAGAGAGUCGUUCAGGUCCAGACCCCUGGCUUGAUCGCUGAUCCAAGGCGUCCUGAACAGAAUGAAAUCUCUCUUGCGCUAGUCCCUCGCGAUCACCCCAUCGUGACUCCCUCGACCUUGGAAGCCGAAGCUUUGGGCUUGCUCGACAGGUUGCUGGGUGUAUUGCAGGACAACAGCACCGAUGCCCUGCUUGUGACCGCUACCUUGAACAGUCUUGGAUCUCUGGUCAAGACCCGCCCUUCUGUCGCCAACAAGAUCAUCUCAACCGUCCUCAACUACAAUCCCUUCAAACUCGCCACCUCGUCUCCUGUCUCUCCGACUCACAAGGUUAUGAUCAGAUCCAUGACACGCACAACAACGGCCUUCCUGUUGAACAUUAUCAAGAAGAACCCCAAUCACCCUCUUGCUGGUCGCAUCCAACAAUGCAUCGAAAGACUUAGGCACACGCUCAUAGAAGUGUUUGACGAGUCAAGUCGCAAGAGAGCAGCACCUACUGAACCAACGGAUGGCCUCUCCGAUGCAAAGCGACAGCGUCUAAAUGCACAGAUGCCGCAGCCCGCUCCUCCGACCUCCCAAAUCCCACCGUUACCGCAGGGGCUUGUUAGUCUUGCCCAACUAUUCACCCUUACGCAUGAUCAAGGUCUGAGAAGCUUUGACGUGAAUGUGAUUCCUUCCAAUGUUGUUUUGAGCAUCGUGGCACCCUUGCUGAAGUCGAUAGACAAAGUCAAGAUGGAUGCUGCUAUCAAUGCUGUUCAAGCGAGGUACUUGUCGUUGGCUGCGAGACCUGCCACUGCUUCAAGCGUUGCUCGAGCCGUGACGGGUACUGGCCCUGUUCAGGCGGAUGAAGACGAGGACUAUGAGCCUGGUGUCGAGAGCACUGAUCAAGUCAUGAACACCCUCGACCAAGCUCCACCUGAAGACGACCAGGCUCCUGUGUCUUUGGGACCAUUCAAUCUACCUCCACCACCACCACUGACUGCGGAACAGACUGUAGAGUACAGCAAAGGAGCAGUCGACCGCGUUUUCAGCACACUGUCUGCAAUGGAGUCAAUUGCACCAAGCAAAGCACAGAGGCCAGGGUUCAAUCGUCUCGCCGCAACAACUCACGACCGAGAUGGUUUGAUCACUCUCAUCACUCGUCUUGCCACUCGUGCUCCUGCCGGGCUGGAUGAAAGCAAACUCAAACUCGAAAACGGAAGCUUGUCGACAGGCAGCUUCUCAUUGAAUGAUGCCAUACGAGAUACAUUAUACCUGUACGUUGUUAAUGACUUUAGAAAGCGUAUCGACAUUGGUAUUUCCUGGCUCAAUGAGGAGUGGUACAACGAUCGCAUACAGAAGCAGCAGAAUGAGGAGGCGGAAUACAUCCCAGAGCAUUACGACAAAUGGAUGCUCAAGAUUCUUGAUGGCAUCGUACCUUUCCUGGACGCUAAGGACAAGCUUCUCAUCAGAUUUCUCUCAGAAAUUCCCAGCAUCAAUCAAGAUGUUCUCAAGCGGGUUGUCAGGCUUGCGAAGGAUCCUGAGAGAGUGCAAUUAGCGGUGCAAGCUCUAUAUUACUUGGUACUUCUUCGACCUCCAGCACGAGAGAUGGCUCUCGAUGCUCUAGAAGAUCUCUACAAAAACUACGAUGAGUCGCGACCGCAAAUAACGAAGAUCAUGCCCAGAUUCCGACCAGAGGCCUUCCAGAAACUCCAAGAGACCGUGACAACGUAG